AGAAUAAUUUUUACAGUUGGAACAGAUGUUCUCAACUUAUCAUUACUCAUUGUCAGUAUUGUCAGUACGUGAUUUUCUAAAUUCGGAAGUGUCUAAAGAUUUACUAACUAGAAACCAAGUGGUGGGACCUAUUUUCCCCACAUCACUAUUCUAUCGUGCUUCCCUAUAUGCUUAUAGGAACAUUUUGUAAAAGUACAAGUCACCAAAAUAGUAGGGUUAUUGGUUAGCAUUGGUUAGCACGGCUCGUCAAAUGCAUAUUCGUGAUAGAGUAAGAAUAUGUUCGACACCGAACGAUAAGGAAUAAGUGUAAUCGUAUGAAAAAUUGUUAAAAUUCCACGUAUAUCAUUAAUAGAUUCUAAUGAGUUAUAAAGUAAAAGAAAUACUGACAGAAUGGUGAAGUAAUGUUGAAAGUAAAAAAUGGCGAAAAUUAUAAAAGAAUUCGAAUCUCUGUCUUCGAUUCUAAUUUGUGAAUAUUGUGCUAACCUUACGUUCAAGCAAAUAGAAGAUUUUAUAAGACACUUAAGAGAUCAGCAUUGUUCUAGAGAAGGAGGUUCAUUUGUGUGUCUGUAUGGUUAUAAUGGAGUAUGUACUAGUCUUCCUGUGGAGGGUGUUUCUGACAAAGAUUAUGUAGCACAUGCUACUAAACACGCAAUAAUGCAACAGCAACGUAAAAGAAAUGGUCAUUUAUCAGAACCAUCUUCCUCAUGGACUGUGUAUUCAGCAGCCCAAAAUUUACCAGCUGUUUUAAAUGAUCCAUUUAAAGGAAAACAAAGUAACUUCCUAACUCGUACUUGGGGAGAUGGUUUUGUAGAAAAAGUUGAUAUACCUAAAAGUCCUUAUCUACCUGAAAUUACUAUGCAACAUUUUGAAACGUAUUUAAAAAAGAUUGCAAGGAGAUAUCGAAAACAUUUUCGUAUGAAUUCAAGUAUUACUACACCAGCUACUCCUAAUGAAUUAUUACAGACUUUUCCAAAUUUAAGAAAAGUUAAAUCGUUAGAUCGAAUGCAGUUUGAUUUAUCUAGUAUUCCAAAAAUAUUUUUAACGCCCAAUCUAGAUCUUUCUCAGAAAGAUAAUUUUUAUGCUGUAUUUCCAUUUGCAAAAAAUGGAUUGUUAAAUGAGGAAUCUAACAUUGUUAUGAAUGUAAAACAAAUGCAAGAAAAGUUAAGUCAUUAUUUAGAUGUUGUGGAAGUUAGAAUAGCAGAACAAGUUGCUUCCAAGUCACAAGCAUUUUUCCAUGCUAUGACUUCCCAUGAUGCCCUGAUGGAACAACUUACACAAACAAUUACAGUUUUAAAAGCUCUUAGGAAAAAUAUACAUCAAGUUGAUAAACAUCUAGUCAAUGAUUCUUUAGAAAUUUUACGUUUGGAACGAGCAAGAUCCAAUCGAUUAAUAGUUCAAAAAAAAUUGAAACUGAUGGCUACAGUACAUCAAAGUCAGCCAAUGAUACAGUUAUUGUUGUCUACACCAGAUUAUGUUGCAGCCUUAGAUCUCAUUGCUACAACGCAAGAGAUACUUUUACAGGAAUUAAAUGGGGUGCAUAGUUUUAGGCAUUUAAGUUCUCAGCUAACAGAAAUGGAGAAACUUGUAGAUAAAAUGUUAUCUACUGAAUUCCAAAGAUAUGCAACUGCGGAUUUAAAUAGACCAUUAGGGGGAGAAAAUAUUGUCUUGGAUGGUGAUAAACUUGUUUCCAUCAUAUCUGGCCUUCUACGACAAAAACAAUUCCAAUUUGUGGACACGUAUAAAGAAGAAGCUGUAACGACAAUUCGAGCUGUAACAAAACAAAGAGUCAUAGAAGCUUUAGCGGCAAGUGAUUGUUGCAGUGAUCAGCAAGCCGCAGCCUUAGAAGUUGGUGGACUUUCUCUUGCAGAAAGAUUAACGUUACUUCAUAAUGCUAUACAAUCCUUAACAUUCCUUCUUAUGCGAAUUAAGGCUGUUCAUAAUGUAAUGCAAGAUACAGUAGAUCUUGCGGCAGGUCGAGUAUGCGAUGGCUCUUUUGAUGAUGCUAUACCCGAUCGUUUAUUAACUCCAGCAGAACAUUCGCGAGUAACGACCAAACUCAAUGACAUGAUAAUUUCCAUUUGUGAUUAUUGUCAUGAGCGAAUGGGAAAUCUGCUGUCCGCAGGUACAAAUGACAAAGAUAAGUUGCAAAACGAGAAAGACAAGUCUAAUAACGAAAAUUCAAAUAAUAAAAUGGAAGAGAAGGAAGAUCAAAAUUGGAAUGAUAAGUCUUCUUGGCUGAGUAAGAGAGCAACGACAUAUCAAGUAUGUCAGUUAGCCAAUCUGGUGGAAGAAUUCACAGAAACUUGUGAAAAACUUUGUGGAAAACAAUGCACGGGGUUACGAUCCGCAUUUAAGGCUCAAGCUAGUAAAUUCAUUCGAAGAUUUCACAUUGAACUCAAAACAAAGCUCACUCUUUUAUUGGAAUCUGAAAGAUGGAAACAAGCAGAUGUUCCAUCAGAGUUUCAGUCAUUAGUGACAUACGUGUAUGAAAAUAAAUGUUUUCCACCGACUCUGUUGAAAACAGAAAGCAGAGUACAAAAGGAUGAUAUUCAGAAUUUUAUUCUAGUAGGAGAUGAAAAGUACGCUGUUGUAGGUACAGCUUUAAUGCUUAUACAAAUGAUUCACGAAUAUUGCAGAACCGGAAGUGAAUUGAUUGCUUUGUCCGGAACGAUUGGAAGGCAUUUAGCUGAAUUACUGCGACAUUAUAAUUGUCGUUGUUGUCAACUUGUACUUGGCGCAGAAGCGAUGCAAGUUGCGGGUUUAAAAACUAUUACCAGUACAAUACUUGUGUUAGCAGCGCGUAGUUUGAAAUUAAUACUGUGGUUUAUGCCUUUUGUGAAGUCACAUUUCCAAAAUCUUGCGGAACAAAAUCCUAGUCGCGGUUAUGGUGCAUCUAGUAUAAGUGGCGGUGUUGCUUUAUUGGAUAGUGUGGAAAGAGAUAUUCAUGCUCAUAUAAAGGAAAUCGAUAAUAAGAUUCUUACCAUCGUUGACAAUCUAUUGGGUGGUCAAAUAUCGAAAUGGACAGCUAGGCCACCAGUACCUUCAAAGUCGUUUAGAAACAUUUCUAGUUAUUUAAUGAAACUCCACGAAGCAGUUUCUGGAAUCCUCCCAGCAGUUGAAGUACAAACUCUAUAUCGUACAGUAAAUACGUCUUUUAAGGAAAAACUUAGAGAGCAAUUAGUUAAAAUGAAUAUAGUGAAUAAUGGUGGUCCACAACAUGGUGUAGUCACAUCAGAACUUACUUUUUACCUUGAAGCAUUACGGAAAUUAAAAGUGUUACCAACUAACGAGUUAGAUGAUAAUUGGAUGAGUGACAUAUGGACCAGAUAACAUGCAGAGCGUGUGAUAUACUGCAUAAUAGAAGCGAUGAAAUAUUGUAGAAAAAG